AUGGCGUUGAGUAUGGAAAGUCAUGAUGGAAACCUGAAGGGUGAAAGUUCAUCAGAGAAAAGAUCAAUACUACCUCCUGCAGAAGAAAGUCAUGAUGUCUGUCCAAGGCAAUGGGCUUUGUCAAGGUUUCCAAAGAGAUAUAUUGUGGCAAUAAUGGCAUUUCUGGGCUUUUGCAACAUAUAUUCAUUAAGAGCUAAUCUGAGUGUUGCAAUUGUUGCCAUGGUUGCCAAGAAAGGUGAGAAUGUGACUGCAGAAUACAAGGGUGAUUUUCCAACAUUUGAUUGGACCACUAAACAAGAAGGACUGGUUUUAUCAUCAUUCUUCUAUGGUUAUAUAUUUACACAGCUUCCAGGAGGUUAUUUAGCAAAUCGUAUUGGUGGAAAAUACUUAUUUGGUGGAGGAAUCUUUAUGACGGCACUUUUAACUGUUUUGACACCACUGUUUGCUAAAGGAGGAGUAGGUCUCAUUGUUGCCAUUCGAGUAUUAGAAGGUUUGUGUGAGGGAGUUACAUAUCCAUCUAUCCUUGCUGUUUGGGCCAAGUGGGCUCCACCAUUAGAAAGAACAAAGCUUGCAACUAUAGCUUUUUCCGGUUCAUACAUAGGUACAGUGAUCUCCAUGUUAUUGUCCGGAUAUAUGCUGGAGUCUGGUCUUGGAUGGCCGUCAAUAUUUUAUUUGUUUGGUGGUAUUGCAUUGCUGUGGUGUGUCUGCUGGGGAUAUUUUAUAGCCGAGUCCCCAUCCAGUCAUUCCACUAUUACCUCUGUUGAAGUGGAGUAUAUACAGGCUAAUAUUGGAUACACAGAGGAACAGACCAAGGAUAUCUUACCACCAUGGACUGAUAUUUUCAAAUCACCUGCUGUUUGGGCUAUUGUAGCAGCACAUUUUGCAGAAAACUGGGGCUUCUACACUUGGUUGACAGAACUUCCUUCAUUUAUGAGACAUGGUUUGAACUUCAGAAUAGAUAAGGCAGGGUUUGUGGCAGCAUUUCCAUACUUAGUGAUGGGAUUAGUUGUGAUGUCAUCUGGUUUUCUCGCUGACUAUCUGAGAGGAAGAGCAGUAGUGUCUACAACAGCUAUACGCAAACUAUUUACUUGUGGGGCCUUUUUUUGUCAGUUGAUAUUCAUGGUAGCAGCAGGAUACAUUAUGACUCCAAUAGUUGCCUGUGUUUGCCUGACGUUAGCAGUAGGAUUGGGUGGAUUUGCCUGGGCAGGAUUCAGUGUAAAUCACCUGGAUAUAGCACCACAGUAUGCUAGUGUUACCAUGGGAAUAUCUAAUACAUUUGCAACAAUUCCAGGGAUAAUUAGUCCUUUACUAACUGGUGCUAUAGUAACACAAAAGACAGAUGUGGGACAAUGGCAGAUAGUUUUUUACAUUGCUGCUGCAAUAUAUCUCCUUGGUGCUGUAUUUUAUGGAAUAUUUGCUACAGGAAAUAGACAAAAAUGGGCAGAAGUUCCUACAGGAUAUCUGUCACAAAUUGAUGUUGAUAUUGAUAAAGAUCUGUGAUAUCUCAACAGGGGUCCAGUAGUACGUCGAUAUAGAUAUGGAUCUUAGAAAUCCCAACAGGGAACUAGUAGGAUGUUUUAGAAAUAUCAAAGAAAACCAGCAAAGCAGUUCCAUACUGACAUUUUUGUUUGAUGUUGUGGGUCAGUUGUAUUUAUGUUAAAAAAGUUGGCAUUGAUCUUUUAACAACUGAGAAAAGAUAAUCUAAGAUUUUAAUGGUAAAGUAAUCUGACAUAUUAAUCCUUCUGUAUAAAAUGGCCCAUUAUCCAAAUAUAUGGAGGAUGCGAUGGAUAAGGGGCAUUCAUGAAGGAAGCCAAAGGGUUUCGAGGGUCAAAUAAGAAUAAUUUAUUCCUACUGGCUGUAGACGACUCUAUUUUACAGGUAAGAUACAGGUAAAAAUAUAUCAAUCAGAAAUGGAUUCGUCCUAUGCUCAGUAAGCUGUGUGCUAUAAAGGAGUCAUAAGAACUACAUUUGAUGCCGAUGCAUACAAUCCUACUAGUGUAAAUAAAUCUCUCAUUGUAGGUAGCUUUUUACUUAUAAUUUUCUUUGAAAAAUUCAAGAUUUUUUGUAUCUUUUAUUUUUAUAGGGAAAUCUUGAACUCAACAGAGUCAAUAAUGAAACAAAGAAAGGUUAUCCUUUGUGUACCCUCAUUAAUAGUAAAACCUAGUGAUCUCAUCAUUUGGAGUAAAAAAUAAGUAUUAUUUUGACAAAUUUUGCUUGAAAAUUCAAGUAAUAGAGAAUCAUCUAUGUAACAAUAAGAACUGAUUCCGAUGCUUCUGAUAUCAGAAAAAAUAACUUUCAUAACUUUGUAAAUACUCUAGGAGCAGUGUUCAAGCCAAAAACUAAACAAUAAAAUUUGUAUAGUUGACCCUUCCACAAAAAGAAAUAUUUUCUAUCAUCAUCAUAAACUUUAAUUGAAAAAUAUUUUUAGUUUUAUUCUUCAAAUAAAAUUGAGAAUGGAAAUGGGGAAUGUGUCAAAGAGACAACAACCCGACCAUAGAGCAGACAACAGCCGAAGGCCACCAAUGGGUCUUCAAUGCAGCGAGAAACCUUGUAUCUUGUGAGCGUCAUUGAUAUCUUUCACCCUCUUAGCGAUAUCGUCAAUAAACAGAAAAUUUCCUAUUUCCUCAGAUCUUGUGCAUAACAAGUGAAAUUUAUUAUCAAUAUGUGGCUUCAACAAUAGCUUCCUACUACUGUAAAUUCAGAAAUUAUUGCGUGCAUUUAUUAUUGCGAUUUUGUCAUUUUAGACUAAAAUGCGAUUUUAAUUUUUGCGAUAUUGAGAAAAUCCUGUUUAAUUCAUAUAAAAAAAUUCAAAAUACGAGUUUAAAUUAUUGCGAUUAUAACCCUGUCGCAUUUUUCGCAAUAAUAAAAACAUCGCAAUAAUUUCUGAAUUUACAGUA